AACAGUUCUCAGUUCUAUUUCUUACGUCUUUUGCACUUUAUUCUAAUGAAUCAAAAAUGAGUUAAAUGACUCACAUUGGUGAACUGAUGGUGUCAAUUUAACUAUACUACUUAUGAGAAUACUUCGGAAAGGAUCAUUACCGUAUAUAUGCUCUUUUAGUGAAAUUGAAUUUCCAUAAAUUUCCACCUAACUUCAGUUCUGUUCAGUUCUAAGACCGCACCUUUCUGUUCGCAUUAGGCAGUGUGAAUACGUGAAUAACGAUUAGAUAUAUAGGUAAUGGACAGAUAAACAUUUUGUAAAUAUUAGAAUCUACACAAAAAUCAACCAUGACCAGACUGCUUAUAUAUUGUGCAUUGUUAGCUAUCAUCAGGUUUUCAACAGGGAGAGAAAUACCUUCUCCUCCAUAUAUUAUAAAACAGCCUCCUACUGAUGAAGUGAUGUUCCAUGUGGAAAAAGAUGGUGAAAAUGACAAACCUUUCUACAUUGAAUGUGAAGCUACUGGUGAACCAGCACCAACCUAUUCAUGGGUAAAAAACGGCAAGCCUUUUGAAUGGCAAGCUUAUGAUGACAGAAUUUCUCAACAGCCUGGUAGAGGUACACUUUCUAUCGCUAAGCCUCAAGAUGUAGAUCUUGGACAAUAUCAAUGCUUUGCUAAAAACGAAUAUGGAAUUGCUACUUCAAAUUCAGUGUUUAUGCGUAAAGCUGAAUUGAAUUCUUUCAAAGUACAAGCUCCUGUAUCUCUUAGUGGAGAAGAAGGCAAACCAUUCAAACUAGAAUGUCACCCACCUGACGGUUGGCCCAAACCAGUUGUGCAUUGGAUUAUCCUUUACACCAAUGGAGGUUUCAAAACCAUCAAUAGUUCUAGAAUGACCUUGGAUCCAGAGGGUAACCUUUGGUUUUCAAAUUUGACUAAACAGGACAGUACUGAUAAUUUUAUGUAUGCUUGUGCUGCAACUUCACCAACCAAAUUCGAAUAUAAAUAUGGUAAUAGGGUGCUUCUCAACAUUAUAUCCUCAACAGCUUCAGCAGCUCUUAAUAAGCACGAGCCUGUACUGCAAUAUGUUACAAAAAAACAAGAAGUUGCACUGAGAGGAAAAAGAGCAGAACUGUUUUGCAUAUUUGGUGGGACACCACUACCACAAACAGUGUGGAGGAAAAACGGUAAUCUCCUGCAAUCUUCAGAGAGAAUAACACAAGGAAAUUAUGGAAAAUCUCUUAUAAUAAAUAUUGUUGACUUUGAUGAUGCUGGUGCUUACACUUGUGAAGUCAGUAAUGGUGUUGGAGAGGCAAAGUCUUACUCAAUAAAUCUGCAAGUUAUUUCUGCUCCUUACUUCACCUAUGAACCUGAAAGGGUGAACGCAGCUGAAGGUGAAACUGUUGAGUUUAGAUGUGAGGCUUCUGGUUCUCCUGAGCCUGAAAUCAAGUGGAUUUAUAAUGGAAAACCUUUGGAACUUGCACCGUCAAAUCCUAGGAGAAGUGUCUCCACCAAUAAGAUCAUUAUAUCUAACUUGGAAAAGAAAGAUACUGCUAAUUAUGGUUGUAACGCUACUAACUCUUUAGGUUAUGUGUACAAGGACGUUUAUGUGAACGUUUUAGCCUUGGCACCUGAAAUAACUGAAGCUCCGACCAACAUGCAAGCGGUGAAUGAUCAAACCAUCAACAUAACUUGUAGGGUAUUGGGUGCUCCCAAGCCCAUUAUCAAGUGGAUUCACAAUGGCAAAGAACUGACAGGAGGACGGUAUGCCACUCAUGAAAACGGAAAUUUACAAAUAUCCCGCUUGCAAUUUGAUGAUAAAGGAGAUUAUACUUGUUUUGCAGAAAAUAAAUUUGGAAAUGCUAGUGCAAGUGCAAAACUUGAUAUAAAGGAACACACCUACAUAAGUGAUGGUCCAGAAGAUUAUGAAGUAGAAGCAGGAACUUCUGCUACAUUCAGGUGUAAUGCUGUAGCUGAUAAUUCACUCAAUUUGGAAAUUAUUUGGCUGAAGAACGACGAACCUAUUGAUUUCGACGGAGAAGCCAGAUUUGUUAAAUCCUCCGAUUAUUCUUUGACAAUCACGAAAACGAUCGAACUUGAUUCUGGAACUUACACUUGCUUAGCUAAAACUGAACUCGAUGAAACCUCUGCUAAAGCUCAAUUAACCGUUCAAGCUGUACCAAACCCUCCUGAAUUGAGAAACUUGAAAUGUAAUGCUAAAGAUGCAACCAUAGAUUGGAUAUCGAUGGGUGAUAAUCGUACACCAAUCCUCCAUUAUAUUAUUCAGUUCAAUACUAGUUUUACCCCGGAUACUUGGGAAGAUAUAUUCGAUGAAGUUCCAGCAGCUGAAAUGAGUUAUAAUGUUCCUUUGAGUCCUUGGGCUAAUUAUACAUUCCGAGUGAUUGCACAGAAUAAAAUUGGUAAAUCGCAACCAUCUUCUCAUUCGGAUGUAUGUUCAACACCCCCUGAGGUACCCCACAAAAAUCCAGACAAUGUGAAAGGAGAAGGUGACAGACCAAACAAUUUGGUCAUUACAUGGACUAGAAUGCCAGAAAUUGAGCAUAAUGCACCUAAGUUCCAGUAUAAAGUAUCCUGGAAGAGAGAUAUCCCAGGUCAGAAUUACACUGUAAUAGAUGUCUAUGAUUGGAAGCAAGAUAGAUACGUCGUAGACAACCAGCCUUCGUUCCAGAGAUACAAGAUCAAGGUAAUUGCAAUGAACGAGCUUGGAGAAGCUGAUGUAUCACCUAGAGAGGUCAUUGGGUAUUCUGGGGAGAGUGAACCAGAACAAGCACCAACAAACUUCACUGUGUUGCAAGUAGAAGGUCCAACUACAGCCUUAUUGAGCUGGAAUCCUGUAGAUGCUGAAUCAGUGCAUGGACAUUUCAAAGGAUACAAAAUCAAGACUUGGAGUGAUGCCUCUCCAAUCAAAAACGAGAUUCAGGUACAAGGAGAUGCUGUUAGGGCUCUGAUAACAAAUUUCGUCCCCUUUACUCAAAAUUACGCUUGUGUCUAUGUGUACAAUGGUAAAUACAAUGGACCACCCAGUGCCACUUUGAGAUUUAAAACACCAGAAGGUGUACCCGGACAAAUGGACACUUUGGAAGCAUAUCCUCUGGGAUCAUCUGCUUUUCUACUUCGUUGGGAAAAGCCUCAAAGACCAAAUGGGAUAUUGACUGGAUAUAAUAUCUAUUAUGCAGAAAUCCUAGCAAAUAUGACAAUAGAUCGGCCCACUCCAAGAUUACCAAAGAUUAAACCUGAAGAAAAAAGAGCAAAGUUAGCUGGUUUAAAAUCAGGAACCAAAUAUAGGAUUUAUAUUAGUGCUAGCACUGCAGUUGGCGAAUCUGAUAAACUCUACAUUGAACGUAAAACAAAACCUUCCGGCUCUUAUGAACCUGCAAAACCUAAUUUUGAAUGGGAAGCUAUUAAAGACGGACUUACUUCCUCUGUUAAAGUACGUUGGCUCCCCAGUGAGUACGGCAACCCAGGAACUCAUUUUUACGUCAAAUACAAGAAGAAGGGUGAAACCACUUACAGGCAAACUCCUCCAGAGUUGACUGACGAUUUUCAGAUUGUAGCAGGAUUGGAUAGUGGAGAAGUUUAUGAAUUUGUUGUGGUUUCUGUUGAUGGAAACUAUAACAUACCUAGUGAUGUACAGGAAGUAAACACUUACGAUGCUAAUGGCAUUGUAAUAGUUCCAAAAGAGAAUGUUGCGACUGCUGGUUGGUUCAUUGGUAUGAUGUUGGCCAUCACUUUCCUUCUGAUUUUGUUCAUCAUUGUUUGCAUUAUCAAGAGGAACAGAGGUGGAAAAUAUGCUGUACAUGAAAGGGAACAAGCUAAUGGAAGGCACGAUUAUCCAGACGAAGGUGGUUUCCACGAAUAUUCACAACCGCUUGACAAUAAAUCUCAUGGUAGAGCUUCGAUGAGUAGUGAACCCAAAGUAGGACCAGAAAGUGAUACAGAUUCGAUGGCAGAGUAUGGAGAUGGUGAUACUGGUCGUUUCACAGAAGAUGGUUCUUUCAUUGGUCAGUAUGUACCGAGCAACAUGAAACAUUUAGGUUCUAACACAGGUUCUGCAGGCCAGAUUAAAAACUCCAUGGCUACAUAUGUUUAAGAUGUUGAAACUAUAAAAAGUAUUUGAAAAAAAUCAAAAUACUGCUAAUAGGCAAACUAAGAGACAACUUCAGUAAUAUUGCGAUAUUUGUUUUAUAAAAGUGAUCUUUUUUUUAAUAUUAAAGAAUAUCAUUUCGUCCAUAUUAGAUGUAAAUAGCGCGUAUGUUGAUUUGAAUUGAAAUUAACACUUAGUAAUUUAUUUUUGUUAUGAUUUUACAUGCUUUAAAAGAUUCUCUCUAUACUAUAUUUAGCAUUAAGUAUUCUGAAACGAAUUAAAUGAAUCAAAUAGGAUCUACGGUGCAGAUUACAACAUUUGCGACAUAACUUCCUUGUUGAUGUGGUGUAAACCUAAUGCUUGAAAAUUUUACAAUUUCAUAAUAUUAUUCAAAGACAAUUUCUUGAAUAUCGUGAUUUAUCUCAAGAGUAUGUUGAUUAUCUGAAUUCCCAUAAAUACGGAAUAUAUGUACAAGAAUAAUCAAAUUUUUUCAAUGCAUUAUGCGAAUGGGAGGUUGUAUUUUUGAAGUUUAAUGAUACGUUUUUGAUUUUGAUAUUAUAUAGUGUUAUAUUUUGAAUCCUGAGUAGCUAUUUCCCUUGCUCUAUUGCAAUCUCUAAAUGUAAGGCUAAAUUUCAUUUCAAUUGAAAACAUUCUUAUAAAUAUGUUGACACUGCCUAUUUGAAAGUAAUAUAUCAUUUUUAUGUGAUUAGACUAGAUUUGAAUUUAUACAGAUAUUUCACUCUACUAUAUCACAUACCCAUAAUAUCUGACUAUUUUAUGAAAAUAACUAGGAUAUUUUAGAAAAUUUUUGUUGAUUACACAUAUAUGACUGGAUUUUCAGGAAACAUUGCAAGAUAUGAUCUUGAAAGUAUUACCUAAUCCUGUAGUUGAAAUCUGUCUUAGUUAAUUUCUUGGGUAACUAAUCACCCAUUUGUAUUUCAUAUUUUGACCUCUUGUAUAUUUUAUAAUAUGUUGUUGACAGCUUACGAAGACUGAUCAGGACAAAAAUUCUUAAGACAUUAAAAUCAUUGAAAAUUUUUUGUUUUUUCAAUUCUAUGUAAUUUUUUUGGGGGGUGUAAAGCAAGCGUCAAUUGGCUUUUUGUAUAAGGAUGAGGUGCUAGUAUAGUAGGUAUAUUAAUUUGUUGUCUGUUUGUUGCUUGUUAUAUUUAUUAAUUACCUACUAGGUAUCGGAGAUGCAAUGAACCGACUUGUAUGAUUUGAUUGUCAGCAAAUUGCCAUUACGACAGCUUUUGUAGCUAAGAUUACCUUACCUACUUUUAGCUUAUUAUUUCUCUUCAGGAUUUUUGUAUUGGGCAGCUAUAUAUAUUCAAAUAUUUUUUUGGCUCAUUUUCGUUGCAUUUCUGUAUUAUCAUUUCACUUAGGGUAGUGACAAUUUUGUCCACUUUGAUAUUUUGGUUUAGCUUGAUAUUUAUAUAUGUCCACUAGUGAACAUGUCUUGGAAAAAGGGUAAAAUACUGUGUUGGUUAUUAAUAUGAAUAUGUUUGCAUGGUAUGUUUAUGUGUGGACAAGGAGAUUUCCUUUUUCAAAAGUCCUUACUCCUGGCGAACUCUGAAGUGAAAACCUCAAGUUUUCUGAUGCACAAAUUUAUAAUAUGGUAUAGUCGGAUUCACAAAUGGAGUAAUGACUUUUUAACAUCACUGUAUAUUAUGUUCAUCCUGCGAUCAUACUGACAUAUUUAUACAUAUAUAUAUAUAUUCUUUGGCAGUUUAAAUUGCACUGUUGGAUAUUUGGUAAGAUGUUUGACAUAUAUUUUAAUAUUGAUUGCAGCAUAAAAUGCUUUAUUGCUCUUUACAUCUAAACUAUUUUUUUAUUCUUGUAAAAAUAGUAUAAUAAUUUUUGUUUCAUCUUAUCAAGUUGUCGUGCAUAUUGUAUAAAUCAGAAUGUGAAAAAAGCUUCUCAAUUUCUAUAAGCUGUAUAUUUUGGUAAACAUAUAUUACAAUGUUUGUACCACAUUACCAGUUUCAUGUGAAUGCCUUUUGCUGUUAUGUUUAUUUUUUUACAUAAACCUUUAUUUCAUCAGAAAUGUCGUACUUUUUGCACUAAAUAAAAUUUAUAAAAAUUAA